AUGAAGGAAAAUGAACAGCAAAAAAAAGAGAAAGAAAUAGGUAUAAAUGUAAUGGAUUCUGAUCGAAAAGCAGUGAAUUCAAUAGCAGCUCCAAGAAAAUCGAUUUGUGCUGGAAUUCUUACAAAGCUAAACAAGCCAUUCCAAAAUGAGGAACCAUCCGGAAUUACUCGAGAACAGCACCAAUGCUAUAAUGGACAUGAUGAGGAUCAUAACCAGAAGCAUCAUCAGCAAAUUUAUGAUUUUACUGGUUCACUGAAAGACGAGUUGUCAGUACCAGCAUUUGGAACAGGCACCAAUGAAACAGUUCUUCAGGCGGUAGAAUCAUUGAUUAAGUACCCAUUUACCGUAUGCAACACGGACCCACCGGGAUUAUGUUCCUCCUUCAACACAAUCAAUAAUGGCAACAAAGAAGAAUUUCACUGUGCGCUUCGUAUUAAUCGAUAUUUUGAAUGA